AAGCGAAGAGAGAAAGAUGGCGGCGGCUGCGGCGGGGCCGCAGUGGGCGGCAGGGCAGCGCUGAGGAGACCCGACCCGAGCCGGGCGGGGAGGAGGGGACGCAGUGCGGGCGGCGGCAGCGAGGAGCGGGGCCCAUGUGCGGCGGCGGGGGCAGCAGCACCGGCCCGCUAGCACCGGCCACCGCAGGGUCCCGCGGAGCCGGCUCCGGGGCAGCCGAGUGAGCGCGGCGGAGGCCGGGUAGGGGCGGCAGGAUGAAGUUCGCCGAGCACCUCUCCGCGCACAUCACGCCCGAGUGGCGGAAGCAGUACAUCCAGUAUGAGGCUUUCAAGGAGAUGCUGUAUGCAGCUCAGGACCAGGCCCCUUCUAUAGAAGUCACAGAUGAGGACACGGUGAAGAGGUAUUUUGCCAAGUUUGAGGAGAAGUUCUUCCAAACCUGUGAGAAGGAACUUGCCAAAAUCAACACUUUUUAUUCAGAAAAGCUUGCUGAAGCUCAGCGCAGGUCCGCUACCCUUCAGAAUGAACUACAGUCAUCUUUGGAUGCACAGAAAGAAACUAGUGGUCUUACCACAGUGCGGCAGCGCAGAAAGGCAGUCUUCCACCUGUCCCAUGAGGAGCGUGUUCAGCAUAGGAACAUCAGAGACCUAAAACUGGCCUUCAGCGAGUUCUACCUCAGCCUCAUCUUACUGCAGAACUAUCAGAACCUGAAUUUCACAGGAUUCCGUAAGAUCCUGAAGAAGCAUGACAAGAUCUUGGAGACACCCCGGGGUGCAGAUUGGCGGGUGGCCCAUGUGGAGGUGGCACCAUUCUAUACUUGCAAGAAAAUCAACCAGCUCAUCUCUGAAACAGAGACUGUGGUGACCAAUGAGUUAGAAGAUGGAGACAGACAGAAGGCCAUGAAGCGUUUACGUGUCCCACCCUUGGGAGCUGCUCAGCCUGCGCCAGCAUGGACCACUUUCAGGGUUGGCUUGUUCUGUGGCAUAUUCAUUGUGCUGAACAUCACUGUCAUACUUUCAGGUGUGUUUUUUAUAGAGGGACCAAAUGUGUGGCCACUAGUGAGAAUCUAUCGAGGUGGCUUUCUCCUGAUAGAAUUCCUCUUCCUCCUGGGCAUCAAUACAUAUGGCUGGAGGCAGGCUGGAGUGAAUCAUGUCCUCAUCUUUGAACUCAAUCCCCGCAGCAAUUUAUCCCAUCAGCAUCUCUUUGAGAUUGCUGGAUUCCUUGGGAUGUUGUGGUGCUUGAGCCUGCUGGCAUGUAUAUAUGGCAAAUUCACCCAUGUCCCUAUGCAGGUGAACCCACUCAUCUUGUAUGGAUUCAUGUUGCUUUUCCUCAUCAACCCCACCAAAACUUUGUAUUACAAGUCCCGGUUUUGGCUGCUCAAACUGUUGUUCCGGGUGUUCACAGCCCCCUUCCAUAAGGUAGGCUUUGCAGAUUUCUGGCUGGCCGAUCAGCUCAACAGCUUGGCUGUGAUACUUAUGGACCUGGAGUACAUGAUCUGUUUCUACAGUUUUGAGCUCCAGUGGGACAACAGUGACGGACUGUUGGCAGUUACAGGUGAUCAGAUUUGUAACAGCUACUCCUACGGAGUGCGAGCAGUUGUCCAGUGCAUCCCUGCUUGGUUGCGUUUUAUCCAGUGCCUGCGCCGUUACCGUGACACCAAACGGGCCUUUCCCCAUCUGGUUAAUGCUGGCAAAUACUCCACCACCUUCUUCAUGGUGACAUUUGCAGCCCUUUACAGCACUCACAAAGCUCAAAACCACAGUGACACCCAAGUGUUCUUCUACCUGUGGAUUGUCUUCUAUUUAAUCAGUUCCUGCUACACCCUUAUUUGGGACCUGAAGAUGGACUGGGGUCUCUUUGACAAGAAUGCAGGUGAAAAUACCUUUCUUCGGGAAGAGAUCGUCUACCCACAGAAAGCCUAUUACUAUUGUGCCAUUGUGGAGGAUGUAAUCCUGCGCUUUGCCUGGACCAUCCAGAUCUCCCUCACUUCCAUGCAAAUCUUUCCUUAUGCUGGGGACAUCAUCUCUACUGUCUUUGCACCACUUGAGGUUUUCCGGCGGUUUGUGUGGAAUUUCUUCCGUCUGGAGAAUGAGCAUGUGAACAACUGUGGCGAGUUCCGUGCUGUCCGGGACAUCUCAGUGGCACCAAUGAAUGCUGAUGAUCAGACACUACUAGAGCAGAUGAUGGACCAGGAAGAUGGUGUCCGAAACCGCCAGAAGAACAAGCUGUGGAAGCGUAGCCAGAGCGUGUCCCUGCGCCGACCUAAUCUUUCUUCACAAUCCAAGGCUCGUGACACCAAGAUAUUGAUAGAGGACACAGAUGACGAAGCAAACACAUGAAACAUCCACUGAGUCUAGUUCCACAUCUCUUAUUUUCUUGCUCUACUACCCUUUCCCAGACCAAUCCAACCUCUGGUGCAGUUCCAGCUGAAAACAGGAGAAAACACUGAACACAUUUUCCGAGCUCUUCCGGACCGGAUCCUAUGGACUCCAACAAGCUCACUGUGUUUCUUUUCUUCUGGUUUAAUUUUCAUUUUCUACUUUUAAAAUAAAUAUUUACUUCGUUUUGCCAAUCAGAGGACAGUUAAGGAAAGAAGUAUCUAAGAAUUGUUUACAAUCACAACAAGACACAAAACCCUAUCUGGAUGAAGAACAAGCAUCAUAGGGACUCUCUGAUGGGACAGCAUUGAGAAUAUACUCGGCUUCUGCUUGGCCCAGUUUCGACUGGUUGAAACCGGACUUGGGUUUUUAAAUUUGUGUUCUGUUUUUUUUCUUUCCUUCAUAUCCAGCGCUGAGGCACUGGCUGCACUUGCAGGUAAAGUGCACUUAGAGCAGUACCUUCAUUCACGAAGCUACUUUUUAAUUUGAUGUAAUUUUUCUUAUAAUUUUUUUGGAAAUACAAUGUAUUUGUUGCAUACAGUUUUCACAUUAUUUAUGAAACUUAACCAUAUGAGAAUGAUUUUUUGAGUCCUGUGCAAUGAAGGCGAUAACAGUAAAACAAGGCAGGGGGAUGUAGAUCUGGAUCGCUUUUGUGAGGGUUAUGCCCUGCGAAUACCUCUUUCAUGAGAUAAUUUGCGUCAGUUUGACCCUUUUUCUCUUCAGUUUAGUUUUAUUUAUAAACCAAAGUUUUUCUUUCUGGUUUUAGUUGCUGCUGCUGCUUCAGAAGCCUGAGCAUGUUUCACGUACCAGUUCAUGCUCAUCUUUCUAUGUGGCCAUGCAAAGAUGCAGAUGGUUCUGAGAAUUUGUUUUAAAAGAGAGUUGUAAUAAAUCUUGCCACAAGGCCAAAUACCCAGGUAAAAAAAGGGGAGUUGGUGUUUAGGUUAAGAACUGUUUUUUCAAAGCCUUAACAUUCAUGAGACAAGGUGAGAGUACUGUCCACCCCUGUUAAAUAGGGAGCUUUCCCAUUGUUCAGCUUCUGCUAACUACAGCAAAAAUAAAAGUGGAUGAGAUGAGGACAUGAUCUUUCCUGUGGGGGGGGGAGGUCGUUACAUGUUUUGAUUCAUAGGUGUCUACACUUCAGAGAAUUUGCACCCCCAACCCAGUUUGCUGUGGGGCAAGGAGGUGGUUGAAUGUUGGCCAUAGGGUAGGGAAGUUGGUAUUAAAUUAGAAGUCUUUAAUGACAUUUUAUUUGAUAUGUCUUGCCAGGCUUUGGCAAAGUGUUCUCUACCAGUCACUUCCUGAGCACACCUUCAGGUUGCUUUGUUUCUUUCCUGUCCUUUACACCCUCUCCUCAGUGUAAUCUAAAACCGGUUAAGUGGUAGGUCAGCCUUGCACUGGAGUGUGAAUGAUCAUACUCAGCAGGCUAGUGUUUAAGGACAUCAUACUGCUUAGCAAUUUCAGUAGAAAUGGUAAGGCCACCUUAAUAAGCUUUGUAUAUUUUGAUAUCACCACCACUCCUCUUAGAAGAGAGCAGCAUGAGUGUUUGAGAGGGCCAUGCCCUACACCACUGCCGGCUUUAAUGCUUGCCGAAAACUUCAAUGUUUAAUAUUAAUAAAAUCUUAUUUGUGCCUUGCUCUAUUGCGUGUAAGGUUAACACCAGGGACUGGGGGAAGCUGCUUCAGUUCCCUUCAAUCCUAUCCUUAACCCAAGGCUUGACUUUACAGCAGGGACUGUUGAAGACUUUGCAUCCUUUUCUAAUGGGGCAUGGUCACUGUUUUUGCUUCUCUGUGUCCUUCUUUUUAACCACUCUUCCAUGUAUCCCAAGUACUCUCUUAGUUCUUUGGCAGUUCCAGUAGCUAGGUAUAUACAGUUAUUGUUCAGACUCCAAAUGGCAGAUGAACACCCUCAACUAAGUAGGAACCAUUUUUGACUUCUGUCCCUUGUUUUGUAUUUACAUUUCUAGAAGUCAGGUGCUAGGAAUCCCUGCUCAGCUGUUGUUAAAUAAUUUUUCUUUCUUUAGCCAAUCAUAUGGCUUCUUCCAUACGGCUGGUGCGCUGCUUUUCUUAGUUUGCCUAUCGUGCCUCUUGCCCAGAGGAACUGAAGAAGGAAACGUAAUUGUAUUAAUUUAGUUUAAAUAGGGCAAAAUAACUUUAUCACACAUUGGUGGUAGUGAACUGGUGCCCCUUGACAGAGUGAGCAUUAUCUCAAUUAUCAGCACUGUCAUAUUGCACACUGAACUUAUCAAGAAACUUUGCUGACCUGCCAGGAAAGGCCUCAGCACGACCACUGGUCUACUGAAGGUGAUAGUGUCAUUCCAGUGGAACAGAUGAUUUUGUAUUGUUAUUUCUCCACCAACGUGACCAGGGCUAGCUGCUAUUUCAGCACCAGCCCAUUCUGCUGAGAAAAAUAUGAACAAUACAGACUAACCCAGAAUUCUGUCGUUGACCCUUUUGGUGCCCAGGAGUCUGACUCCCCUGAUCUUGACUCACUGAUGCUUCUUGUUCAGAUGCUGACAGAUGCACCUGUCCAGCAGGAAGUGGAGUUUGAAAUGGAAAGCGCUCUAAAGUAUUUCAGUCCACUGUUUUGCAUUUCAGUGGUUUUUGCUGUGUUCGCAAUGUUCGAUUCCACACGAAACAAAGAGCUCAUUCUCCUGGGAGGUAACUAUGAUACUCCAGCUAAUAACAACUGGAAUAUCAUCAGCAACUAAAACUGUCAGAGAAUAGCGAUGUCAUAUAUGCCAGUGGGCAGUUUAAAAAGAAUUGCAGCCGAACCAAGGGGCACAACCUGAACUAAUAGUGUCAUUACUUAAGGAAGCAUUGCUUUAAAAAGGGAAGGAUGGGGGCUUACUGAUAGCACUCUCUUGUCAAAGGAAUGGAAGGUAUCAUUGCAGCAAUUAGGGCAUCUGAAAAUAUUUUAUAAUUUGGUACAUAGAGCUCUUAAAGUAUCACGGACCAAGUAGAAGCAAGUGAAACAUUGUGAAUGAGUUUCUGAUCUCAGCUAGGAGAAUCGAACCUGUUUUGGUUAGUCUGCCACUGACAUGAGUGGUACUGCAUGAGCCAAUUGGCUUAACAUUUAAACCCACGGAAGAAUCAAGUCAAUAAGAACUGAGAUCUUGGUCAGUUUUUUUCUGCAACGUAUCCGGAGGAAGAGAGAAUUUUGUUCUGUUUGUCAGUAUACUGCUCCCACCUUCUUCCUCUUCUCACCCUGCAGAAGAGCACUCUGUUUCGGGCUAUGUUUUCCCUGCCAAAAAAGUUGGGUUUUUUUACAGUGAGAGAACUAAUUGAUGUUAGCUAACUUGGUGUAAAAAUGCAUGUUUUAUGACCACGAAGACAGCCUGUGUAAUGAAGGUGUCUGUACACUUGGGUCAGGAUCCCUGACCUCCCAGCAUCAUGCUCCAAAAGAACCCAGUUUCCAGAAUCACUGUACUGCCUGGUGCCACAAGGGCUUGUAUUCUGUGACUACAGAGAGAGAUUUCUGAACCAUUCAGAAUAUAGCUCCACUCCAGAGUUAGUUCUAAAAACCUGUCUGGUUCCAUCUCUGAACGUACAGUGAUAUCUGGCCAGUUAAAUGAGAUAUAAUCAAGCAGGGCAACUAGUGAAAGAAAUAUAACCACCUCUCCUACUGAGUGGUCUGCAAAAUGAGAAAAUGAGAAAUGUCUCCUCUCUGGUGGUCACACUUCAUGAAUGACCUUUUCAAAUAUAACGGAAUGGGUAUUUGUGAAAAUACUGCUGUAGAAGACUAGUAUUACUAAAUGCAGAAUGCGCAGAUUGAAAGGAGAACAGGAACUGGGUUUUUUAUCUAGUGGAUUGCCUCAAACUCACAGAUGGGAUAGCAGGAGAGCGAGGAACCUGUUCUCAACUUCGUUAAGCAAAAGUUGGAAAAUGCCCAUCAUCUUCCUAUUUUAUAGCACCUAUGUUUGCCUUUCCUUUUGAUCUCUCUGGGUUCUCUCCUUCCCUUAUCUGAUAUCUUAAAGGGUGCUCUUCUGCUGGAAUUGAGACCUACCCAGUGGUUCUGCUUUGUAUUCACCUGAGCUUAGAGUGGAUGGUAUUUGUCUCACCACUGGAUGUUUUUUUUUAAAUGGAGAUUUCCCCCCACCCCUCUAGUUUAGAAGUUCCAAUUGGCCACAUUCAUUCCCUGUUCAAAGGGAUCUCCAUCCCUCCCAGACAUCUAAAGUUGCCUGGGGAUUGUCAAGCAAUGUUAAUCAUGCAGAGCUGUUCCCAGGCUGUUGAGAUAUUGACCACUGUGAAUCCACACAGAUCUCUAAUUCCCUGGGUCUUUCCUCCAGCUUCUGACUGUACUAUAUGAAAAUGAGAUUUUGAUCACUGGCAUGUGCUCAUCACAAAUCGUAGAUCUUUUUCUAUACUUCCCUGAUAGGCCAGAAUCCCUUUGCUGUGUUCCAUAGAUGAAUUUCAUCCAAGAUGAGGAAGGCAACUGGAAGAAGAAAAAAAAAACAACCAGUGGAUUCUCUGCAUAGAACUUCAUAGAGCAAAGCUUAGUGAACUAGGGCAGAAAUUAUGGGGGAGAGCGUGCCUAUUAGGCUCAUUCUCUACUAAUUUUACUGCUUCCUUUCCCUUCAUAUUCUCCUGCUUUCUUAUGGCUGUAUCCUGAAUGUCUCAAUAUAUUCAUACUUCUGAAAUUCAGAUACAUUUUGGAGGCAAAUUUGCUUGCCCUGUGCCUUCCCCUAUCCUACUUCCUCUGUUUCUUCAAAAAGAAAAGGAGUACCCGUGGCACCUUAGAGACGAACAAAUUUAUUAGAGCAUAAGCUUUCGUGAGCUACAGCUCACUUCCGAUGAAGUGAGCUGUAGCUCACGAAAGCUUAUGCUCUAAUAAAUUUGUUUGUCUCUAAGGUGCCAUGGGUACUCCUUUUCUUUUUGCGAAUACAGACUAACACGGCUGCUACUCUGAAAUCUGUUUCUUCAGUAUCACUGUUUAUAUCAUGUCAUGAAAAUCAAUACAGGCAGAAGUUCCCACUGUGGUGCAGUGAGACUGAGCCAUCUUCUGAAAAAGGAAACUCUUCAUGCUACUAUUCUGUCACCUCCUGUUGGCUGCUCUAAUUCGACCAGGUACCCUUAGCUGCUGCUUCCUACAGGCCAAAAUGAACAAAUUCUCUUUUCUUCUUCUCCCCUCCGUAUGUCUGCCAGCCUUGUGCAAGGAAUCAUCUGUUAAAGACAUGCCUCCUCUCAGAAUUUAUCCUUCAGUCUUUGCCUCUGGGCAAAGGGGAGAGGAAGAAUGCACUGGGCUUCAUAGUUUUCUGUAUUGUCCAUAGGAGGCUUCUGUGUCUAGGAUCACACAUCUUCACAGCAAUGUGUCUGCAGAGGGGGAUGGAGGAUUCAUUAUUUUGGGCUGCUGCACUAGUUGUGCCUAAUAUCCUGGGGGGGGGUUACCAUGAAUCCUCAAGGAACGAUGGGGAUCAGGGCCAAAAUUUUCAAACUUGAAUACCCCAGGUGAGGCAUCCGAGUCCACGUUUGGACAUCUGAAUAAAAGGGGCCUGAUUUUCCAAGGUGCUGAGCAGUCACUGCUUGUUGCUCAUUGUUUCUGCAAACCAGGUGACUCUCUUUUAAGUGCCUAAUUUUAGGCACCCAAGUUUGAAAAUGUCUUGUCCAUUUUGGUGAUUUAGCAAGGCCUACCUUGAAGAGUUUAGCUGACUUUAGUUCUGCUGAGCACAAGACCAACUUGACUAGGAAGUGGAUUGAGUGUCUGAACCAUGGUGCUUAGGUCAGGGCUUCACACCAGCCCCAUCCUUCCCCCCCCCCCCGCACGCACACACACAGCGGUUAUCUCUUUAUCUCUUCCACAGCGGUUCUGAGUCACUCCAAGGGGGAGAGAGCUGUUCUGCCUUAAGCAUUAUUUCUGGAAGGCUACUGAUUUAUUUUGCUCACUGGAAAAGAGGGGAUCAGGACUCCUUGCGGAAGGAUGGAGAAUCAUUAUACUAACUUCAGAUGUAAUCAGACUCUCAAUUGUAGAUCGUUAAAUCAAACCCUGCCUCUGUAACAUCAUGACAUCUGUGUGACUUGGGUCCCAAAAAUGACUCUGUAUACUUUGGGGCAAAUGUGUAGCCCUGCCAGGACAGGGUUUUAAUCCAGAACUGGAUCAAACUGCUACUCUAGUUUACCCAUGGGAUUUCAGUCCCCACCACAACUUAAUGGGAAAAUCACCAGAGUGACACAAGAAAUGCGGAUUUCUCUGUGGGAAAGGGGCCUUUAAUAUUGGGUAAAUCCUGGGACCAAUUCCCUUGUCCCUGCAGCCCAGACAAGUGUGAGGUUGCUCUGGUCUUUGUACAUCUCGCAGUAUCAUCAGUGUGUUGGUUGUCAGGGGACUUGUUGGAAAUCCUGGGGCUGUAAUAAGGCCAUAAAAUAUAAUUCCUUUUGAGUUCUUAAAACAAAAUUGUAUGAGCCCUUCAGUACAGACAGUGAAUCUCUUCAGCCUGUAACACUUUGUGGCUGUCAACUUCCUUACUAUCUUGUCAAUCCUUCUAUCAAAUAAACAGUAUUUGGAAGGGACCUGGGGUAGAAAUGUAUUUGCUGCUUCAGAAAUUUACCCUUGCCUCAUUCCCAUCUUUCUGUGCACCCCUCGCCCCUGCUGUGUUGGUCUAAAUGAUGAUUAUUCUAUGAAGCCCUGAGCUGUAGAUGUCAAAAGUAACUAUGGAAUGUGAUUAGUCCUCUGUGGGUGCUUUCUUUCUUUCCUCCUUUCUCUUUUGCUAUCUCCUUCUCCACUCUUCUUUUGGCUAAGUGGAAAAGGUGAGGAAAAAGAAUUGCUGCUUGCUUGGACUCAUGAUGUAUCUGUGACUGCGCUAUUAGCUGUCUCCUUUUUCCUUCCCAAAUGGAUAUAACAUUUUUUUAAGUGUGGCAUACCCUUCUUGAUAAGUAGGUUUUAAAAAAAAUGCACAAUGUGGUACUGUUUCAUAGUUUCUAGGUGGUUGUAUAAAACAAAGUCAACUGUGGUUAUGUGUUUUUAAAAGGAAAAAAAAUGAUUGGUUACUAAAUCUGUCCUUUUUUCAUUAUUACAAGCUCUUUGUUUUCCAAUGA